AUGCCGAAGAUGCCAACCAAGAAGAUACAAACUACGCGGGAUCCGGCUCCAAGUAAGGCUCGUCAACGGAUCCCUGGCCUAUCCGCUUCUGCCAGUCGCGUUGCACGACCCCCGGCUGCUGAUACCGAAGCUGAUUUCCAAUCCUCCUCCAGACAAGAACAGCUGCGGGACUCGUUUGCAACAACUUCCUCUUCACAAGCAAAGAAGAGAGAGGAAGAGGAAUGGAACGAAACCCAUCGACGAUGUCUGGAUAUCCUGGGAGAUGCGGAUGAUGACUACCAAAAUCUCAACGCAAAACUGAUGAAAGAACGACAAGAAGCUCGGCAGAAGCUGCAGCAGCUCCGCACUGAGCAUUUCCAAGCGACAGCUACAAAUCGGCAGCUUGUCACGGAGAGGCAAAAUGUCCUGCACGAGAAGCAACAGUGCCUCGGCAAAAUCCAGCGACUCGAAACGGAUAUUGCGCAGUUGAAACAGCAGCUCGAGACAGCCAAUGGCCAGACCACGGAGCAAAUGAUAUCGCAAGGGAUAGAGACCGAGUUAGAGACGGCUCACAGUGAUCUGAUGGGUGUAGCCACACGAAUCUGGAAGAAGAUCCAAGAACACCAAAACAAACGCUUUGGUCUUGAAUUUCCGCAAAGUGAUGUGAUGCAAGCACCCACUUGGACGGGCUCGAAUGGACAGUUUGGAGCGCUGGCAUCGAGCACGCUACCGGGCCCUCCCUUGACGAACGCCUUUCCGUUGGAUACCCAACAGACGGUGCCUCAAAUGAACCAGUAUGGAGCUCUUUCCUGA